UUUAAACACACUGCGCCCGGUCACACUGAAAGUAGCAUACGGUUGUUUUUUACGUAGAAAGUGCAAAAAAUUUAAAUGUGUUAUUGUUUGAGAACAAAUUGGCAAUAAAUACCACAGAAUAGCGACAGAUAUUCCAGCUGCGGCCUGGCCUAAGUGUGGCCUGUAGCCAGCCCCUGCUCCAAGUCCCUUUCCCCCUCGCACGGUCGGUUGUGUUGUGUUGUGCGCGAAAUCAAUUACAGCCGCGGGGCCAACGUCGUAACGUGAAAAUCGAUUUCGGUUUUCUCGGCGCUGUGCAAGCAGCUGCGCCUCAAAAUGUCCGAGUGCAAUGAUGUUACAGAAAUAGAAAUGGCAUCGCUAGCCGCUGGGAGUGAAACUGCGAUCCGUGGUCGUCAUCCCAUUCACACAUCAUCCCGGCUACAGGAUCGCUGGAGGAAUAUGUUCCUGCUGGUUGCCGUGGUGGCAACAAUAUGCGCCCUAAUAACCGGCUGCAGUGCCACGGACACGGACAUUGCGCUGGACGCCAAGGCUACGCUGAACCAUCGCAUCCAAAGUCUCGAUCUGUUGGUGUUUGUGUUCCUAUUGGCGCUGACAGUCCUUACCAUUUGGCUGUUUAAACAUCAUCGCGUCUCCUGGCUGCACGAGACCGGCCUAGCCGUCAUCUACGGCCUGAUUGUGGGUGCCAUUAUACGCUAUGCGGGCAACUCCACGCCCCUGGUCCACAUACAGGUCGAGCCACAGGGCACACCAGCGUACAGCGAUAAACUUCCACCCGAUACGCUCUGGUUUAAGUAUCCUGUUAAUCAGACGAACAGCACCAAGCCGCCGGAGGGCAUUAAGACGUAUGCGUAUGUGUUCCGUGGGCAGGUCCACGAUGUGGAUGAGAAUGAAAUCGACUUGAAGGCCACCUUCGAUCCGGAGGUGUUCUUCAACAUUAUCCUACCGCCCAUUAUAUUCUAUGCGGGCUACAGCUUGAAGAAGAAAUAUUUCUUUCGCAAUUUGGGCGCCAUACUGACAUUUGCCAUUGUGGGCACCACUUUGUCGUCCUUUCUGAUUGGCGGCCUCAUGUACGGCUGUGUGAAACUGAUGCCAAAGUACUUGAGUAGCAGUUUCACAUUCCUGGACACGCUAUAUUUUGGAGCCCUCAUCUCGCCCACAGAUCCGCUCACCAUACUAGCCAUAUUCAACGAUCUACGGGUCGAUGUUAAUCUCUAUGCGCUGGUGCUGGGCGAAUCUGUGUUGAACGAUGCGGUGGCCAUAGUGCUUAGCGGAGCCAUUCAGAACUAUGGCGAGCAUUACUCCAAUACGGGGGAGUUUGAGACCACAGCCUUUCUACGCGCAAUGAGCGAUUUCUUUUCGAUAUUCUUCCUGUCGCUGCUGAUUGGCGCCGCCAUGGGCUGCUUACGCGGUUUGUUUCUUUAACUCCUGCCACACUUGACCAAGUUCACGCGCGUACGUGACUUUCCACUGCUGGAGUCUGCGCUCUUUGUGCUGAUGAGCUACAGCACCUUUUUGCUGGCCGAGGCCACCGAGCUGACGGGCGUGGUGGCCGUACUGUUCUGCGGCAUUUGUCAGGCGCACUACACGUACAACAACCUGUCCGAGGAUUCACGGCAGCGCACCAAACAGAUCUUCGAGCUGCUCAACUUUCUGGCAGAGAACUUCAUCUUCUCCUACAUUGGCGUGUCGAUGUUCACGUUCCCCAAGCAUCACUUUGAUGCUGGAUUCAUCAUCACCGCUUUCAUCUGUGCCGCCUUGGGACGGGCCGUCAACGUGUAUCCCCUGUCCUGGGUGCUCAACAUCAAGCGAAAGCCAAAAAUCUCAUCGAACUUCCAGCAUUUGCUGUUCUUUGCGGGGCUACGUGGCGCCAUGUCCUUUGCUUUGGCCAUACGGAAUACGGUUUCGGAUGCACGACAGACCAUGUUGACAGCCACAUCGUUGAUUGUCAUCUUUACGGUCAUCAUACAGGGCGGUGCAGCCAAUUUUCUGCUCAAUUGGUUUAAAAUACCGGUUGGCGUUGAUGAUGAGACUGAACAAUUAAAUAAUUACCAGGUGCACAGUUCUGAUGGUUAUUUGCAGGACGUGGAGAGCGGCGGUGGUGCGGGCGGCGGCGCAGGUCGUGGCAAGAUGCGUUUGUCGGGAGGCGGCACAGAGUCCAAUGUGGACACGCCCGUGGACGGGCCGAACGGAAGUCUGGGCAGCACAGGUGGCGCACGUCGUCGCAACAGUCAUGAGAAGGCCAUACUGGCCAGGAUCUGGGGCAGCUUCGACACCAAGUUCAUGAAGCCCCUGCUGACGCAUUCGCGGCCCACGCUGCUGGAGACGCUGCCCGUUUGCUGUAAUCCCAUUGCCAGGCUGCUCACCACCACACAGCAGCUAACACAGGAUGGCAGCGAGUUCAGGCGCGUGGAUUCCGACUCGGAUAUCUGCAUAGACAACGAUACUGGGAAUGGUCUCAGCCAGGAUGGCCUGGCCGGAGCUGCAGCUGGUGCCCCGUUGGGGCGGCGCAACUCAUUAAGUCGCGUAAGUAUCCAUUACACGGGCGAUACUCACAAUCUACUGGCUAGCUACCGCAAUAUUGAAUGAGUGAAUGUGUAUGAGAAGCACCCCACAACCAAAGACUAACCAUAGAGAAAACCACUAACCCAGAAGCCAAAUGCCAAUCAAAGUCCAAACCAGAAAAAAAAGGAAAGAAACCUCAAACCAAAAAGAAUCUGACAGCAGAUCAUUCAAAUGUGAUUUAAGUUUGUUUAUGUUGAACACUUUCUUACGUUGGAAUAUAAUUUGUUGAUUUUGUGGUGCAAGGCAAGAAGGCGGCAAGCAGAGCAGGGAAGGGGAAUACUUCCCAUACUACUGUACUAUGUAUUGUUGAUUAUUUGAUCUAGUCUUAAAUUGUACGUUGUAUAUAUUGAUUUUUGACUGUUAACUACUGUUUAAUGCAUGCUAACCAAAAAUAUACUUAACUUGAACAAACAAACAAACAAACAAAAAAUGUAACAACAACUCUUCACAGCGAUGAAUAUUAAUUUACUUAUUUCUCA